UUGGAACAGCAACGGCACCACUUCGCACAAUGAAACAACUGACUGUGCUUCUUGCGCUGGUGCUGCUGGCAGGCACCACUCUGCUAUCGGUGGUAUCAACAGCUUAUCUUCCGGUACCGUAUUUCGAUCAACGCCUUAGCGCCGGGCCACUGUCCAAGAGCGAGCUGGCGUACCUGCGGCGACUUGUCGAGGAUACUGAGGUGGAAGUCACUACGAUAGCCGAUGGAGCCGAUGAAGCCCCUGAAGGGUCCUUUACGAACUCGUGUGUUGGCGAAGCUGACGGGAACAGUGAAAGUGCCGCGGUUAGUGAUGAUGAGGUAGCGGCAUCAUCGUACGACCAGUCCAUCGUUUCGGAAUCGACCUAGUUAGCGGAAACUGUUUUGCACCCGUGCGAAUUUAACAAUAAAGGUUUAGGGGAAAUUCUA